AUGGACCCCAACUAUUUUCGCUCACUUGAACAGGCUGCUGUGCAAUUUAUCCGAGCCUGCGAAACGAUCUAUAACGCGGGCGCUCCUGAGUCCGUCAGCGAUCAGAACGAUGCGCUUUCAAGUCCCAAUUUCCCAUCAUCACCUGCACCUGAUUGCCCAACAUUGAGCUUGGCUCCAUCACUUCAGCUUAAGGAAGAAGAUUCUGUGGAGACCAUCAACCUAGAACAUCCUGAACAAUCGGAACAGUCGAUUUCAGACGACAAUAGCAAGUUUGAAAUCAGUGCUGCUGAUUCUCUGGCUCUUCUAUCGAGCUGCACUUCUAAUGGAAAUGGAGAAUGGAUUGCUACACCGGGGAAUAAUCGGAUGUCGUAUUCUCGGGAAUUCAAACUGAUGGUUAUUGAUUAUUACCAAAGAAAUGGCCAGAACAAGUAUCGUACUUGCAAAGAAUUUCAUAUUACCAAAUCUAUGCUCAAAGGAUGGCUAUCCAGGGUGGACAAAAUCCGUGAAUCUCGACCUGGAUCGUUAAAAUCUGGCAGAACUGGACGACGCCCUGAUAUUGAAAGGCAGUUGUUCGCGCUGUAUCGCAAACGUUUGGAGACCGGUCUCAGAGUGAGCAAUCGUUGGCUGAGAGAUAGAGCUCGAGAGUUGGCCGGAGACGUCAACUCUAUCUGUCAGUUUUCGGAUCGAUGGUUGAGGAAUUUCAAAAAGCGUUUCCACAUAGAUCUUCAACGCGGAAGUUUGGAUAGUGAUCCGUCGAAUCCUUAUGAUCUCGUUAAAACUGAGAAACUUACAUUUUCGGAUACAGACUCUUUCAUCGAUCCUGUAGAACUGGAUGUUGGCUUCCGCAACGAGGUUGUUGCCGAGAUAGUUAACCAGACAGAGCAACUUCCCAUUCAAGCCUUUUAUGAGAAGUUUCCCCAACUCUCAAAAAGAGACGUCGGAGUGGGACGGCGUGGUCGAAAAGCUCAGUUUCCUGAUGUUGAACGACUGCUUUACGACCGCUUCAUUCAAAAACAAGAAGCCGGUGAACGUAUUUCAAAUAGGUGGCUACAAGAACAAGCUCGUGACUUGGCCGCUGAGUUGUACGCAGGUGCGGAAGACACGGUGAAAUCGUCACGGUGUCUUUUUUCCGAACGUUGGCUUGCCAACUUCAAAAAACGCUAUAACAUCAGUCUCAAAAACAAGACCUGUAAGAGGGAGGAGGAGCAUGUGGAGGGUAACGAAGUUAGGAUGGAUGAGUCGCCUCCUCCUCCCGAAGAGAUCGACGUUAAUACGGUUCUCACAGCGUGGCUUAUGAAUCAAACCGAUAUACCACCACUUUCUUCAUCAGGAUCAUCUUAA